AAAAUCAUCAAACAGCGAGAGUCGGGGAAGAAGGUGCGCUUGUAUGAUUGGCAACGAGAUGCCCCGACGCGACGAAUCAUGUUCAAUCUGGCCAUGUAUCACUCCUUUUCGGAUAUUAUCAAUUAUCUGAAUGCACUGGCCGUAACAUAUCCGGAUCGAGCACAGGUCAUGCCAAUUGGCACCACACACGAGGGACGGCAGAUACCUCUCAUUAAG